UACCGAGGCCCUCGGAAGUCACCUAGACCCCAGGCCACUGCUGUCAGCCGUUCCCGGCAGCCACCGCUCCCCUUCGGUAGCGACUUCAGCACAGAAUAACCAGCGAGUGCCUGAGUAAGGAGCCAAAAGCCCGCAUCGCUUCCCGAGGUCGGAGCUUGCUCCGAGGGCUAUAACCUCGAGAGGCGAAAGCACCUGCUGUUUAGACGUCCAGUGUAAAAGAGAUCAUGAUGGCCCAAAGGAUUUUUAGAAUACGUUUGCUGUUCUGCUUUCUGGCCGCAUUCUUCAUCUCUGCCCUAGCUGAGGAACACGUAGGAGAGAGUCAACAUGCAAAUAUUCGCCUUGAUAAGAACUUGGUACAAGAUAAAGACCACAUCAUGGAACAUUUGGAAGGUGUUAUUGAGAAACCAGAAUCUGAGAUGUCUCCACAAGAGUUGCAGCUUCAUUACUUCAAAAUGCACGAUUAUGAUGGCAAUAAUUUGUUAGAUGGGUUAGAGCUUGCUACUGCUAUAUCGCAUGUCCACAAAGAGGAAGGUGGUGAGCAUACCCAGGCAAUGAAAGAAGAAGAGCUGAUUAGUCUAAUAGAUGAUGUCUUAAGAGAUGAUGAUAAGAACAAUGACGGAUACAUUGACUAUGCAGAAUUUGCAAAAUCACUGGAAUAAGGUUUUUCAGGGGGCUUGUUUCUCCUUCUAACUACAUGGAAAUGUGAACCAGUAUAAUGUGAUUCAUUACUGUCUUGUAUCAACCUCUGUGCUGUGAGAAGGAGAGGUGUACCAGUUCCAUCUGAAUUUAUUUGAAAGUUGUAUGUGUUAAGAGACUGGCUAACUCAGAGCGAGAGCCGUGUUUGACUAAACAUAGCUACACAUUUGAAUCUUGAAGCAUGGAAGCGUCAACAGUACUCACAUAGGGUACAGCUGGCAAACUUUUAAGUAGCUACGUAUGAAUACUAAAUAGAUCAUAUACAAUCUAAAUUUCAGUUUUUCUGUCAUUGGGUUAUACAGUACUUGUUUGCUUACAUCUUCUAUUUAAACUUAUAAAAUACCUAGAAAGCAAGAAAAGAUUAUUGCAUAUAGUUGUAUUUCAAGGAUAAAUGUCCUUACCUUCCCACUAAUUGCAAAGGAAACUUGCAUAUAAGUACAGGUGCUUGAAACAGCAAUUGUAGAGGAAGAGCAUUUGAAUGUGGUUUAUGUUUGAGGUCCACAUGAUACCAUAUGGACUUUAACACAGUCUUUGAAGAAAUUGAGUAUUUUUAAAUAUGUACUACCUAGCAUACCCUUACAUUUUACACAUAAAUAUAUAUACAUGUGUUUUUCAAUUUCUUCUUGUCCUUCACAGAUUUACUUUUUAUACCUUAAUUUACUGAUUUUCUUCUCUACCUUCCCUGGUGUUUUCUUAAGAAAAUGGAAGUAUUUUUAUUACACUUAUGUUGUAUUAAUGCUGUAUACCAUUUACUAGAGUAGCUUCUGCUAUCUCGUUUUGAAGGUCACGUUAACAGUAAACCAGUUUAAUAUAAAAGCUUCUGUUCAAUUUGGUUUUUACGGUAUUCGCCAGUAGGAUAAUUUAAGUGAGCAAGUAAUGCUGCCUUGUUAAGGUUUAAGUUCAUAUUCCUUGACACUUAAAUUACAGUAUUACGUUCAGGAGGUAUUUCAUAACUAACAGUUUCAAGAUACUUGAGUGUUUGCAAAUUAACAUGGUUCUAGGAAUGUUUUCACUGUCUUGGCUCAAUACUUGAUAAGUCAAGCAGUUUAAGGAUAUUGGAGAAGUGAUGUAUUGCUGUGUUAUUGAUAUUUGGUGACUCUAAAACAUAACUGAAAUCUUAAAUUGCGUUCAAUCAUUGUCCAUUAAUAGAGAGUCUAAAUUUAGUGAAUUUCUGUAAAAUGUAUAAAGAGGUAUUUUCUGUACAAAAUUAUUCUUAUACAAGAGAAACACAUUUGUAAAAGAAAUUAUUUCCUCUGUUUAAAUGUUUGUGCAACGAA